UUGCAGUUAGAAGGAGUCACAACGUCUCAGGAGUAUUUCAAAUCAAGCCGUAGUUUUUAUCUAUUUUUUUUGGUUUGACGUCCAGCUUAUUAAUGGUUUAUGAUGGAUGUGUCAUUUGGUGUUUAUCAGAACCUACCUUUUUGUCGUAAAAACGUGAAGAGAAACAACAUAUGUUAUCAAGUUCUUCGUAGAUCUUUACAUGUGAAUGGGUCCUCCGUUCGAAGAGAUCUCAAAAUUGUUCGAUCUAUGGUGCAGAAGGAAGGCUCUAAAUUUAUUGAAGUCUGGAGAAAUAAUACUAAGCAUCCUGUUGGAUUCGACAGUCAACAUUUGUUCUUCGACAAAUUUAGGACGUGCUACACCAUAUUUGGUUCAGAAGGAAAACCUGAGUUGCUUUACAAACUCACUGCUUGUGACACUUCUAAGAAGAUCGAGUCUGCGCUUAUAUUUGAAAGCCCUGUUGAUCAGCACUCGUAUCAGAACUGCACGAAAUAUCAGGGGUAUAAGCCUUGCUUGUUAGCUGUUACUGCAGACGGCUGGUUAGUCCGUCAUGAUUUAAAAACCGGAGAAGUUUUACAGAAAGUUUAUUUGUCAAAAAACUAUAGACUAAAACAUCUACUUUGGGAGUCUGAUUUGCUGCGAGUUGUGCUCAAAUCAGUCCACUUUACCUUUCAGGGAAGACCUGUAAUGUUUUUGUCGAUUUUUUCUCUUGCUCCUUUAGAAUUCCAGGCUCUCAUUCCUGUUGAAAAAUCUAUCUUUGGUCAGGAUAUUGAUGGUGCAGCAGCAAGUAAUGGAUUUUUGGUGGUCAUGCAUCAUUCAAACAGAAUAAGAUUUUACAGUAUGCUAGAGGUCAUAAAAAACUACAGUUUUGCUACAAAACUGGGUGAAACUAUUUUUUCAUCCGAAGGAUCAUCUAUUGUUGGAGAAUAUCCAGAUGGUAUCCCUGUCAAUGUUUCGUUUACUUCAAAGCCAGUGGUCUUGUUUGAAAUUUCUAGCGAUCAGCAUGUUAUCUCAUUUGGAGGAUAUCCAUGGCAUUGUAUUUCUUGCCCUCAGCCUAACAGCAGUGUAUUUCAUGUUUGUUCAGUGAGAGAUUUUAAACUUGCAAAGAAAGGAAUAUUGGAAAUGGAUUUUUUAUCAGUUGAACCAGACCAGGCUUACUUUCAUGCUGAUAACAGUGGACGUAUUCUUCACAUUGGUCCCCAUGAAAUAAGGUGUCUGAAACUAUGCCAAACAGAGUCUGUGACAUCAGGAUUUGAACUCAGACACUGUUUUGUGCUUGAUCUAAAGAAGGAGAGAGGCUCCAAUGAAGGACCCAGGUUCACUUCUUCUGGUCGGGAGAUUAAAGCCAGAACAGAUCAAGUUUUCAACAAUCCUGGCUUUGAAACAAUUUUAGAUGUGGAUUAUGAAGAUGAACUUGAUAUUUUGGUUGUCCUCUCCACAGAUGUGUCCAGCGAUACACCCUGUGGAGUGAUAGGACUCUUUGAUAAUCAAACAGGAUUACUAAUUCAAGAAACAACCAUUAGUAACUGGAUACAAGAUGCUGAUCAUUCGAUAAUGAUGGAAAAAGACACUAUAGUUCACAUCAUCAAGGACUAUAACAACUGUUCAAGGAAAUUUUCUUGCACCGUUUACAGACUCAAUCCCAGCUGAGGAGUUAUUUCUCUUCUCCUUGCCAUGGAAAUAACUUUUAGUCAACAGACAAUGUCUAACUUUAUGUCUACGUAAAUGUUUACCAGCUAAUAAGUCAAAUGGAGAUCAGCUCAGACAAAAAAAAACCAUUUCCCAGGAACAAAAAAAAAAUAUUGAUUUGAAAAGAACAAACUGUACUUAAAAAUGCAUAACUAUAUUUGUUUUUGCUCCAGCUAAAGGGAGACUUGGUCAGGCAUGUGUCCUUGCAAGAAAGAAAUGCUCUUUUCAGCCUUGUUUCAUAUUAGGCUAUGAGAGCUGUGCGACAAUAGUUUAGUGGUUCAGGGUGUUCCGCAGGCAGCAGAGAUCAGAGAAUUCUCUGAGCUAGUUUUUUUUCAGUCAUGGAUCUGUUCUACAGUGUACUAUAGUUAAAGUGUCUGUUUCUAUUUGGAUAGAUACCUCAGCUAUUAGAUAAUCUGUAUUUUAUUGGUUAGCACCCCUUAACCACAUUCAUGUGAUUAUCCUUGUAUAUCAUUGUUUAUAAUUAAGCUCAUUGUAUUCCAAUAAAGAAGUUGUGUAGAGCA